AUGGCGAUGCCACAUCUGAGCCGGUCGAGAGACAUCGCGAGGAGGUCGACGAAGAAGUACAUCGAAGGACCGCUUUACAAUCUUCUCUUCAAGGAAGGUGGCAACGAGGUCAAUGUCAAACAGCAGCUCAAUCAGUUCCUCAAAGGCACCAAGCACGUAUUCAAAUGGGAAGUCGGAGAUACGAUCAAGAAACUCCGGAGUCGCCGCCUCUUUUACCCAGCACUCAAGCUCUCUGAAGUAAUGGAACAUAGAGGUAUGAACAAGACGGUGCCUGAUCAAGCAAUCCAUCUCGAUCUUGUAGCCAAAGCUCGUGGAAUCGUCGCCGGAGAGAAUUAUUUCGUCGGUCUUCCUGAAACAUCGAAAACCGAGCUCACGUACGGCUCUCUCUUAAACUGCUACUGCAAGGAGCUGAUGACAGAGAAAGCGGAAGGCUUACUGAGCAAGAUGAAAGAGCUCAACAUCACAGUUAGCGCCAUGUCUUACAACAGCCUCAUGACGCUUUACACAAAGACAGACCAGCCUGAGAAAGUCCCUGGAGUGAUUCAAGAAAUGAAGGCUGAGAACGUAAUGCCGGAUUCGUACACGUACAACGUAUGGAUGAGAGCAUUGGCUGCUAAAGACGAUCUCUCCGGUGUCGAGAGAGUUAUUGAAGAGAUGAACAGAGAUGGGAGAGUUGCUCCUGAUUGGACCACGUACAGCAACAUGGCGUCUAUCUACGUCGACGCGAAGCUCACUGAGAAAGCUGAGAAGGCUCUUCAGGAGCUUGAGUUGAAGAACACGAACCGAGAUUUCACGGCGUAUCAGUUUCUCAUCACUUUGUAUGGAAGAUUGGGGAAGCUUGCUGAUGUUUACAGGGUUUGGCGUUCGUUGAGGCUGGCGAUUCCGAGAACCACGAACGUAGCGUAUCUGAACAUGAUACAAGUUCUGGUGAAUCUUGAUGAUUUGCCAGGCGCAGAGACUUUGUUCAAGGAGUGGCAAGCGAACUGUUCUCCUUAUGACGUUAGGGUUGUGAAUGUGAUGAUUGGAGCUUAUGCGAAAGAAGGUCUCAUCGAGAAGGCGAGAGAGCUUAAGGAGAAAUCUCCGAGAAGAGGAGGGAAGCUUAAUGCUAAGACAUGGGAGAUCUUCAUGGACUAUUAUGUGAAGAACGGUGAUAUGGCUCAAGCGGUUGAAUGUAUGUCGAAGGCGGUUAAACUCGGGAAAGGAGACGGUGGCAAGUGGAUACCGUCGCAGGAAACGGUCAGGAGUUUAUUGAGCGGUUUUGAGGAGAAGAGAGAUGUUAAUGGAGCUGAGAGUUUGGUGGAGGUUUUGAAGAAGGUGAAGGAUAAGAUUGGCGCAGAGAUCUUUGAGUCGUUGAUUAGAACGUAUGCUGCAGCGGGGAAGAGUCAUCCUGCGAUGCACCGGCGCUUGAAGAUGGAGAAUGUUGAGGUUGGUGAAGCGACGAAGAAGCUGCUCAAAGAAAUAUGUUCAGAGGAGUGA